AUGUGUGGAAUUUUUGGAUACGUUAAUUAUCUAGUCGAUAGAUCAAGAGGUGAGAUUAUCGACACCAUCUUGGAAGGGUUGCAGGCGUUGGAGUACCGUGGGUACGACUCGUCCGGGAUCGCCAUUGACGGAGACGUACCCGGCGAGACAACCAUCAUCAAGCGUGUCGGGAAGGUCCGUGUGCUCAAGGAAGAGGUUGCCUCGAGAGACUUGGAUAGAGCCAAGAUCUUCAACACUCAUGCAGCCAUUGCCCACACGAGAUGGGCCACGCAUGGCCUGCCACUCACAGCCAAUUGCCACCCAAUUGCGCUGGAUGAAGCGCAUGAGUUUGUGGUGAUCCACAACGGGAUCAUCACCAACUACAAGGCGCUCAAGGCGCUCUUGGAGUCCAAGGGAAUGGUGUUUGUCACCGAGACCGACACCGAGUGCAUUGCCAAGUUGUUCAAGCACAUCUACGACCAGAGCCCGGAGCUUGAUUUCACACAAUUGACGAAACAGGUGUUGUACGAGUUGGAAGGCUCGUACGGGUUGUUGGUGCGGUCGCUGCAUUACCCGAACGAGGUGUGUGCCACCCGUAAGGGGUCCCCCUUGCUCGUGGGGGUCAAGACAGCCAAAAGGCUUAAAAUGGAUUUUGUAGACGUUGAGUAUGAGAAGCCAUCAGGAAGUGCUUCUGCUGCUGCUGCUACUACUCCAUUAGCCGGGACUGGAACUUCAUCCUUGCUUAGGCUUGACGGUGGACAGCUCCGAUCUUCUGUAUCGCGAGCCGUGGUGACCAGCGGCAAUGAAGAGGAAAGUUCGCUCACCCCCAUUGAGUACUUCCUUGCUUCGGAUCCAUCGCUGGUGGUUAGACAUACCAAGAAGCUUUUAUUCUUGGAGGACGACGACAUUGUACACAUCCAUGAGGGCGAGUUGCACAUCCAUCGGGCCAAGUCGAGACAAGCUGGUGAGGCUGCAACCCGUGAAAUCCAAACGUUCGAGAUGGAACUCAACGAGCUCAUGAAGGGGUCAUACAACCACUUCAUGCAGAAGGAGAUCUUUGAACAGCCGGACUCCACAUUCAACACCAUGAGGGGCCGUGUAGACUUCUCUCUGGGGAAGGUGACGCUUGGCGGGCUUCUGCAAUGGCUCCCCUUGAUCAAACGAUCAAGACGUCUUAUCAUGAUCGCCUGUGGGACGUCAUACCACUCGUGUCUUGCCACACGUGCUCUCUUGGAAGAGCUUAACGAGAUCCCCGUGGCGGUCGAGUUGGCGUCGGACUUCUUGGACCGGAGAUCCCCUGUGUUCCGAGACGAUGUAUGCAUCUUUGUUUCUCAAUCCGGGGAGACCGCAGACUCGAUGUUAGCGUUAAAGUAUUGUCUUGAGCGUGGGGCCAUCACCAUUGGGAUUGUCAAUUCUGUAGGCUCGAGCAUUUCGAGACAGACCCAUUGUGGAGUGCACAUCAAUGCCGGGCCAGAGAUCGGGGUGGCCUCGACUAAGGCGUACACCUCGCAAUACAUCGCGUUGGUGAUGUUUGCCCUUUGUCUUUCCAACGACUCGGUGUCACGGGCUGACCGUCGUCGGGAGAUCAUCGAGGCCCUCCAAAAGAUCCCGGAACAGAUCCAGACGGUGUUGAAGCUCGAGGGCCAGAUCAAGGAGCUCUGUGACAAGUCAUUGAACCACCAGAAGUCGCUCCUUCUCUUGGGACGUGGGUACCAAUACGCCACUGCGUUGGAGGGUGCUCUCAAGAUCAAGGAGAUCUCGUACAUGCACUCCGAGGGGGUCUUGGCAGGUGAGUUAAAGCAUGGGGUGUUGGCAUUGGUUGACGAAGAGCUACCAAUCAUAGCGCUUGUCACGAGGGACUCACUUUUCCCCAAGGUGAUGUCGGCAAUUGAGCAAGUGAUUGCCCGGAGCGGGAAGCCCGUAGUCAUCUGCAACACUGGUGACUCCAUCUUGGACAAGAGCAAGCUUUUGGCGGCCCUCGAGGUUCCCUUGACCGUGGACUGUCUCCAGGGGCUCUUGAACGUGGUUCCCCUCCAGCUCAUCAGCUACUGGUUGGCGGUGAACCGUGGUAUUGACGUUGAUUUCCCGCGGAACUUGGCCAAAUCGGUCACGGUAGAGUAG